ACAACAAGUAAUCACAUGGGAGUGUUUGCAGGGAGACAGCGGAUACAAGAAACUGCUCUUUUAACUUACUUGGAAUCGACUCCAAUUUAUGCAUGUGGGAAGUGUUUUAAUCUGCAUUGGAUCAAAUCCUCCUCACUGGAUACCGACAUGGCUACAAAACUCCCCACUCGAGAGGAAUGUGAGAAUUGGAUAACUCCUCAAGUUGCAGAUCUCCUAAGACAGUUUGGAAUGCCUGAAUCUGCUGUAGUGGUGGAAAAACUGAAUAUCAAUGGCCCCCAAUUUCUGAAUAUAACUGACUAUGAGCUGAAGAGAUUCAACAUAAUGCACCAGCCGAAACUUCAAAAGAUGGUCCAUGAUAUCAAGAAAAAUGAAACAGGAAUAAUGAGCAAGUUCAAAAAGUUCCAAACUGAACAAGUGGCCUUAAUUUGCAAAACUGGGAAAAAUACUUGGGAUCGGCUAACAAAUAAACCACCACCACCAAGUGUUCCACAAAGGGAUUAUGCUUCAGAACAUGCAGAUGAAGAAGAGGAACAAUGGCCAGAUGAUUUUGACAGCGAUUAUGAAAAUCCAGAUGACCACUCUGAUUCAGAGAUGUAUGUGGUUCCAAGUGAAGAGAAUGGUGAUGACAGCUAUGAGCCACCUCCAACUGAGCAAGAAAAAAAGAAAAUCCCUUCAGCAUUCCCAAUUUCUAGGGGAGAAUAUGCAGGGAAGGUCAGCUCCCAAACUACUGCAAUUGCCGGCACAGUUUGGGAAGGAGACAAUCGCACUAGCCUCCAGCCACCCCCACCCAUAAUCAAGCCUCUACCCAGCACACCAAGUCAGUCUUUAUCUAAACCCAAGAAACCAUCUAAACCAGCUGUGCCAUCACCAUCUGCUGCUCCAAAACCAAAAGUGCCACCUAAGCGAAAUGAGCGUGUCGAUGAUGAGGAUGAUUAUGUUGUGCCUGUAGACGAUGAAGAUGAUAACUAUAUUGAACCUACAGAAAGUAGCAGUUCACCAUCUCCAAAACCUCCUGUGAACAGAUAUAUGAAGUCAACAACAAAACCAGUUCCUAUCCCUGCAAAGCCCUCUCCUGCUUCUGCCAUUCAAGAAGUCUAUGAAAUCCCUGAAGAGGAGGAAAAGCCAUCACCACCAAUGAACAGGGUCACUAAACCACUCCCUUCCAAGCCUUCUUCAAAUGCAAAACAUCCUCAUACCCACAGCAUAGCUAAGGAGCCUCCUCAAUUGGACACUUCCAGACCUGUAGUGCCUGUUCCCAGAAAUCGUCAUCAGCAAAAAGCAGAGCGUGACAGGUACGACGCACAUGAUAAUGAUGAAAGUCAUAGCAGCAGUGGAGCUCAGGAAUCCAAAUUUCCCUCUGGUGCAGCUCCAUCACCAUUACCAAGGGCCAUAAAGAAACCCCCUAAUCCAGUAAUACCAUCUAAACCAAGUUUGCCACCCAGAGAUAACUUGAUUGUUAAUGAAGAGGUAUCUACAGUCGAAAGGCGCAGAGGUUCCACUCAAGAGAUCCCACUUCCACCCCUACCUGGAGCCCAGAAGCCAUUACCUCAAAAGCCACCAACCUUGCCAAAAGUACCAGACACUGGAAGUCGCAUUGUGGGUACACCUCCACGCAGCAGCCUUUCAGCUGGUUUGAAUACCGCAGACCAGGAUGCUGGUGUUCAUAGUAAAACAUGGUAUGCUGCUGACUGUGAUCGCAAAACUGCAGAAGAUGCAUUAUACAGAUCAAAUAAGGAUGGAUCUUUUCUAAUAAGGAAGAGCUCUGGACAAGACUCAAAGCAACCAUAUACACUAGUUGUGUUUUAUAACAAGAGAGUUUAUAAUAUUCCUGUGCGAUUUAUUGAAUCAACAAAACAAUAUGCACUGGGCAGAGAAAAAAAUGGUGAGGAGCGCUUUGACAGUGUUGCUGAAAUAAUAGAAAAUCAUCAGCGCACAUCCCUUGUUCUAAUUGACAGCCAAAACAACACAAAAGAUUCCACCAAACUGAGACAUAUUGUACGAGUUUCAUAAUCACAACGAACUGUGGCAAAAGUUAAACUUAAUUUUUCUUCAACUUUUUCAAAGUUUCCGGAUGAACUGUGAAAGCAAACCAUGCCAUCCAGAGAUACUAAUCACUAGAAUGGUCUUUGAAAGUAUCCACUUAGCAAUAAAAAAUGCUGUGCAUAAGGACUACAAGCCCAUGCUGUUUUAUCAAAAUAUCUAAGAGUUGUUUUUAAUAAUUACCUAAACAAGGUACAAACUAUUUCUUUGUGGUGUCAUCAUUUAAUGUGGUCAUUCCAAAUUAAUGUCAAUAAAAGAUACAUACCACAGAAUGACUGUCAUUCCUGUUUAAGGGAUUUAUUUCCUGGAGAAUAUACGCACUUUGCAAGUGAAGAAAAAAAAUGUACCCACCUGUGGCAUAUAUCUAUUCAAUACAUUUAAAGAAUUUACUGCUUUCAAUAAAGUAACUUCCUUGCAAAAUCCAUAGCUCUUGACAUUAGAAUGGCGAUACCUAGGCAAUGGACCUUGUAUGCAGAUAGGAUUUUCCUUCAUGUGAUCAUCUCCAGUAAAAAUAUCUAGGGUUUGGGUUUUUUUUAAAUUUGUAUUGUUUUCAACUCUUUGUGAGAUUUUAUGGUUGUAUUUUAAUAGGUAAAUAAAACAUUUCAAAAUUCUAAAGCA